UGUGUUAUCUUGAUCUGAUAAGUAUAUAUAUAGAGAUUAUUGUACUAUUACAAAUAUUUACAACUAUAUUGUUACAACACUUAUGCGUUCAGUUUGGUACAUCUACAAGAAAUCCCUCCUUGAUUUGCGUCAUGUACUCGGUUACUCAAGUCACUAAAUAGGUAGUGUAUAUACGAAGUGUAGUAAAUUACAGUACGGGGAUAGGAAUCAUAAGAUUGAAGAUGGAAAUGAACGGCAAGACAAACACAUGAGCCAUGAAAAACGGGAGCGGGAUGGCAAUCUUGACAAUACUGUUACUUCUAUUGUACUUCUGGCGGACAAUCCUUCCGAGCAGAGAGACGAUCCUUGUGGAAGCUCAAAGAAACAAACGGCGGCGGGUGAAUCACAUCAUAGUGCUGGCCGGGCAGAGCAACAUGGCCGGCCGGGGAGGAGUGGUGCCAAAAAUGUUCGGAAAUGAGAGCAUAAGAGCAUGGGAUGGCACCGUUCCGCCGGAGAGUAGCCGGAAUCCGAACGUCUACCGAUUCAACGAGAAAUUCCAGUGGGAGAUAGCGCAAGAACCGAUACAUGCCGGGAUUGGGUGCACGAUAACAUGCGGGGUCGGCAUCGGAAUGGCGUUCGCCAACAAGCUGCUGGCGCUGGACCCGGGGUUCGGGACGAUCGGUCUGGUCCCCUGCGCCGCCGGAGGGACGUCGUUGAAGAACUGGACGAGCGACACGGAUUACCCUUACAGGAGUUUGUUGGGAAGGACGAGAGCGUCGCUCAAAACCGGUGGGGUCCUCAGGGCGGUGCUGUGGUAUCAAGGCGAGAGUGACUGUAAGUACUAUGGUUUCGCUAAGAGUUAUAGACAGAAUAUCCGCCGAUUGAUUUCCAGGUUUCGCACUGAUUUGCAAUCUCCAAUGCUUCCCUGGUUCGAGGUUAUCAUACCGACGCCAAAGCCAC